GCUUUCAGUCUGCUGCUGAAUGUUUCCGGCUAGAGGCUGGUGCUGAAACAGGUCCUGCCACACCCACCGACCUGUGUCCUUGAUGAGCACCUGGGCUUUGCUCCGUUUCCCGGCACCACUGACCAGGAUGUGCUCAGGGAACUGGGUACUUGGGCUUCAGGAGAAGCCAGCACUGCUCUUCCCAGGAAUGGCUGCCACUGUGGUACAGGUGGCAGGCAGGAAGGACUAUCCUGCUCUGCUUCCCCUGCACGAGAGUGAGCUUGAAGAACAGUUUGUGAAAGGACAUGGUCCAGGGGGCCAGGCCACCAACAAAACCAGCAACUGUGUAGUGCUCAAACAUGUGCCCUCUGGCAUUGUGGUCAAGUGUCACCAAACUCGAUCUGUGGAUCAAAACAGAAAGAUCGCUCGGAAGAUCCUCCAGGAGAAAGUGGAUGUUUUCUACAAUGGUGAAAACAGCCCUAUCCACAAAGAGAAGCUUGAGGCUGAGAGAAGAAAGCGUGAGAAGAAGAAGAGAGCGAAGGAGACGCUAGAAAAGAAGAAGUUGUUGAAAGAACUCUGGGAAGCAAGUCGAAAUGUCCCUGAGAAAGGGAGUGAUGCUGAUGGUGCUGGGAGCUCACGGGAAUAGUGUUGAUGCUCGGCACGUGUUGAACAUCUGAAGAAAGCAUGAGGUGGGCAUGGCCGUAUAUACGGCAGUCUCAGCACUUGGGAAGGCUAAGGCUUGGGUAGAAGCACUUAUCCCAGAAGCCUGACAGCCAACUAUGAGCCUCAAAAUCUGCAUAAGGGUGGAGGGUCAGAACUGGCUCCACAAAGUUGUCCUCUGACCUCCUGACAUACACUAUGACAUGAAUGCCCACACUUGUCACAAAAAUAAAUAAGCAAUAAAAGGUUAAGAUAAAAACAAAUUGAAGAAGUACCAUUAUUAGGUAAGCCCACUUUUAUGGCAAGUUGAGUC